AUGGAUUUCUUAGAGCUAGAAGCAAUCGAAGGAUUGAGAUGGUCAUGGAACUCAUGGCCAACUACAAAAUCCGAUUGCGAAUCUCUCGUUGUUCCACUAAGUAUCAUGUACACUCCAUUGAUGCACUUCUCUGAGCUUCCCACGAUUCCUUAUGAUCCAUUGAUCUGUUCUCGAUGUGGAGCUGUGUUAAACCCUUACGCUCGCGUUGAUUACCAAUCUCGAAUCUGGUCUUGUCCCUUUUGCUUUCACAAAAACCAUUUCCCUCGUUCUUACUCUGGCAUCACUGAAACCAAUCUCCCGGCGGAGCUUUUCCCGACUUACAGCGCCGUCGAGUACGCUCCGCCGCAGCGGAAAUCGGGUUCGGCUACCACGACUCCCACGGCUGCUGCGAGUUGGGGUAAUGGGUUUAAUCAAGGGCUUAGAUCAAUGUCUUCGACUUCGUCUUUCUCGUCUCUUGCUUCUACUGUUGGAGGUGGUGGUGGUGUGAUUGGUGAGCUUGGGCCUGCGUUUGUGUUUUUGGUUGAUGCAUCUAUGGUUGAGGAUGAGUUGAGGGCUGUGAGAAGUGAGCUUUUGUUAGUCAUUGAACAGUUGCCUGAGAAUUGUUUGGUGGCUUUGAUUACUUUUGAUUCUAUGGUUAGGGUUUAUGAUUUGGGUUUCUCUCAAUGCUCUAAAGUUGUUGUUUUUCAUGGCGAACGUGAUCUUUCUCCAGACCAGAUACAACAAUUUCUAGGACUUGGAUAUCCAAAGCAGCUUCAUCAUGGAAAGAUGUCAGCGAUUCGGAAGCAGAGUUUCUUGCUUCCAUUGGCGGAAUGUGAGUUUAACCUAACAUCUGCUUUUGAAGAAAUCGUUCCUUUGGUUAAUGUCAAACCAGGUCAUCGACCUCAUAGGGCAACUGGUGCUGCGAUCUCAACAGCAUUGGGACUGCUUGAGGGAUGUUCUGUAACCACGGGUUCUCGGAUUAUGGUUUUCACAUCAGGGCCUGCGACAAGAGGCCCUGGGAUCAUAGUGGACUCGGAUCUAGGCCAUUCAAUCAGAACCCACAGAGAUAUUAUCACUGGUAGAGUGUCUUAUUACGACAGAUCUUGCGGGUUUUACAAGAAAUUAGCAAAGAGGCUCUUGAGCAGCGAACAGAAUCGAAAACCGCAGCCUGGUUCCGCGUUCUUCAUUCAGUUCAUUACUCGGUAUCGGUAUGGAAAUGGAGGAAUGAGGAAACGGGUUACAACGGUUGCUAGAAGAUGGGUUGUUGGAAAAUCUCCAGAAGUCUCGUCAGGAUUUGAUCAAGAAACAGCUGCUUCAGUUAUGGCGCGGCUUGCAAUUAACAGAGCAGAGGAGUGUUACGCCAGAGACGUUAUUAGGUGGUUAGAUGACGGUUUAAUCCGCUUUGCUUCACGUUCAUGUACUACCUACGAAGAUCACAGUUUCUUGACGUCUUCAACAAUUCCCCUGAUGAAACCGGAUUUUUCCGGUUAA